AUGCGCCCUGUAACGUACGGAUUCGAGAAAUGUUUUUUCAACAGUUCGGGGAAGUUGCAACUCGAGCGUGGCAACAACCAUGGGGGGGACCGACGUGGACCCAAGUACAGACACUUCAAAGAAACAGGAGAACUACUCCAAGACCCAACUCCCCCAGCAGAGAGCGUACUGGGCACGGACGUUGAGGAUGCUGCCGUUUUUGUGCUGGAGGAGGACAUGUUGCCCAUCCCUGAGGAAGACGAGGGUGAGGAGGUAGAAGCGGACGAUGCAGAAGCCCUCGAUGAUCAGACACAGCCAAGCAGCACCCCUGCCAGGUAUGCGUUCCGUAGACACAUAACACCCUGGGUGGACGCGACUCAGGAUGAGGCGCGCAUUCAGGGGUUGGAUGAGGCUGAGCACGUCGCUGUCACUGAAGAGCAUGCAGAGGUACCAGUCGGUGCGCCGCAUGAUGAGGGCGGCACGGUUGGGGUGGGGACCAUAGAUUCCACUGCUGGGGAAGCGGUGCAUGAGGAGUCAAGCCCAGACAGGUAUGAACGUCAUGCAGCAAAGCUGGUGCCUUGGAAUGCAGCCCAUGCGUUACUCUUGUGGAUGAGGCGCGCGUACAGGGGUGUGAUGAGGCUGAGCAUGUCGCUGUCCCCGAAAAAGCAUGGAGCGGUACCAGUCGGUGCGCCGCAUGAUGACCGCGACACGGUUGAGGUGGGGGGCGCAGAUUCCACUGCUGGGGAAGCCGUGCAUGAGGAGUCUACCCCUGCCAGGGUGGAUGCUGCACAACGGACUGAUGGGUCGGGCCGUAAGAAGCGUUCCCUUCCCGGAUGGCCUGAGACGCCUAGUCUUGCUGAGCUCUCGGGGUCUCUGUUCUGGUCAUCGCAACGGUAUUCCUUUGACGAGGGGCAAGGUUCUCGGGGACCUAGGACCCCUCCCAUCGUGUCACGGUACAUGGGGGCAUUCGCGCUCGCCGGUCUAGGCUUCCAAGCAUUGUGGGAGAAACAGGCGUCAAAGUCGAUGGAGGAUGUGAGAGCCAAAAUGGGAAGAAGACCGAUUCCAGGUGUCGCAUCAACAGCUCUCGAGAAAAUUGCAUUCGAACAAGGCUUAGAUCAGCUGAAACAGCUCGGCUUUGUGGUCAAGGGCAUUAUCUCGGACGAGGGGGGGUCCUUCAAAGCAGCCAUCAUUGACCAUAACAUUGAACACCAGAUGGAUGUUUGGCAUAAGGGGCGGAACUUGACACGUCGAUUCAUUCACGACUUCAUUGACGCCAAGAAGCCGUCUCUCCGCGUUUCUGAAUGCAAGACCAUUGCAGAUGUGUGGGCUGUAGCACCAGAGCAUCUUCAUGCAUGGCUACUAGAGAAUGGAUAUAAGGGCCGGCUAUCGAAAGGGAGUUCUAGGGAGUCCCUUGUGCAGGCCGUGUGCGCUAUUUUGAAGAGCAUCCCUUACCAAAAGAUGAAAGCCACUAAUGCAGUAUGGAAGUAUCCGCUGAUGCGAAAGGUGUUGCGGCUGCGUCAACAAGAGGAGGGCGGCAGCAUCGCUGAGCGAGGCAGCGGUGGAGCCGAUACUGAUGCGACGGGUGGUCCUCAGGCAGAUGGACAGUUCGCGGAAGAGAGAGGAGAUAUGGAGGAUGUGCAGUGGGACGAUGUGAGUGAGAUGUUCGGUUACGAUCCACACCCCGUCCACGGGGUCCGUCCGUGCUCCGAGACUUCUUUCCUACUCAUACAAGCCUCCAUCUCGUCUAGCGAUCGUAUCGUGGACGCGCCGGCGGACGCGCAGUCGGAUGUGCAGGCGGACGUGCUGGCGGACGUGCCGUCGGUGGCGGACCAAGCUCAACCAGCAACUUUGGGAGGCUCGUGCGAUGAAAACAUCAACCCGACAGCGCAGCAGGUCCCCCCCGGGCAGGAAAGCGGAACCGAUGCUGUUGCACGGGAGAUCGAGAGCACUGUGGUGGGGAGCGGCUCGAGGCCUUGUCGGAGGCAGGAGCGGGGUGUUGGUAAACGUAGUCAUGCUGAUAUGAUGAAGAUGGCUACAGACGACUUGGGGAUGGAUGAGGUCGUGACGGAGGUGAAUGUAGGACAACGGUGGAGUGUUCACUUCCAUCACUGCAUGGUGCGGGCCGCGACUUUGGCUCGGGAUGGACGCCCCAUGUCAGCGAAAGACGUGGCAGACGAGUUGGCGCUUUGUGCUGACCAUUGGGCGGGUUUACAUGCAGGGUGUGACAGGGGUGAUGUUCCCCCGCGCUGUGUGCGGGACAAAUGGGGAGAGGAGAGCGCCAUCUACCCACCUGGCUCGCAGACCCAUAUUGACUUGAAGAAGUGGUUGCAGAAGCACUGCAGCGAGGAGGCGAUGAGACCAUACGUGUUAGGGGCUGGGAGUUGGUUGAAUGAAUCCUUCCACUCUCUCAUUUGCAAAUAUGCCCCUAAACGUGUGCGAUUCCUAGGGAGCAUGGAGGCACGAAUUGCCUUGGCCGUGCUCCAUUGGAACAACACGGUCACGCGCGUUGUCCGAGCCUACAAGGAGCGGAUGCGACGAGCGACACGAACUCUACACACAGGUCCUUCACCGCCUAGCCCAGUGUCGAACACCCCACCCACUACCCAAGUGACUCUUGUGGCCACUGACGCUGUGGCACGCCGACUCAUCCCACAGUUUUCAGCCCGGGUCUGGUGUCAUCCAGCAACAACACCUCAUGGUCAAAGCGCCGUCUACGGUCGCACCGCGGACCACGCCCUUCCCGUGCACGACGCUGUCUCCUCUGUAAGUACGAGACCGAAUAACAUAUGCGACACUAUCGAUUGGUGUAUCUGGAAUAUUUUUUACUGA